AUGGGGUCAGAGUCAGUGAAGGUGGUGGUAAGGUGCAGGCCUCUGAAUGACAGGGAGCAUGCUCUGGGCUGUAAGAUGGUGCUGUGCAUGGACCUGCACCGCUGCCAGUGCUUCAUAGAGAAGCCCAGGGCAGUAGACGAGCCACCCAAACAGUUCACCUUUGAUGGGACCUACUUCAUUGAUCAAAACACUGAGCAGAUGUACAACGAGAUUGCAUAUCCUUUAGUAGAGGGUGUCACCGAGGGGUACAAUGGCACAAUUUUUGCCUAUGGUCAAACUGGAAGCGGUAAGUCUUUCACCAUGCAGGGAGUCACCGAGCCUGCAGCCCAGAAGGGGGUUAUUCCGCGAGCCUUUGAGCAUGUCUUUGAGAGCAUUCAGUGUGCUGAAAAUACAAAGUUCCUGGUGAGGGCCUCCUAUUUGGAGAUUUACAAUGAGGAAGUCAGAGACCUUUUGGGGAAUGACACCAAGCAGAGAUUAGAGUUGAAGGAGCACCCAGAGCAUGGAGUGUAUGUGCGGGAUCUCUCCAUGCACACUGUGCACAGUGUGGGGGAGUGUGAGAGGAUCAUAGAGCAAGGCUGGAGGAACCGGGCAGUGGGCUACACGCUGAUGAACAAAGACUCCUCACGCUCCCACUCUAUCUUCACCAUCCACCUGGAGAUUUGCAACACCGAUGGAGAUGGUCAGGACCAUCUACGAGCAGGUAAACUCAACCUUGUGGACUUGGCAGGAAGUGAACGUCAGUCUAAAACCGGCGCAACUGGAGAGCGACUCCGGGAGGCCACCAAGAUCAACCUGUCCCUCUCUGCUCUGGGCAACGUCAUCUCUGCUCUGGUGGACGGACGCUCCAAAUACAUCCCCUACCGGGACUCCAAGCUGACCAGGCUGCUGCAGGACUCCCUGGGAGGGAACACGCGAACCUUGAUGAUUGCCUGUCUCUCCCCUGCUGACAACAACUACGAGGAAAGCUUGAGCACUCUGCGCUACGCCAACCGAGCCAAGAGCAUCCAGAACAGGCCUCGUAUCAAUGAGGACCCUAAGGAUGCUCUGCUCCGAGAGUAUCAGGAGGAGAUCAAGAACCUGCGGGCCCUCAUCUCAGGCCAGCUGGGCACUGCUAACCUUUCAUCUCUACUGUCUGGUCAGUCGUCUGAGACUUCUCCUGCUGUCCCUUCAAGGCCACAAUCCAGCAACACAGAAGCAGAAAAGGAGAAGAUUAAAGAGGAGUACGAGGAAAGGCUUGCCAAGUUGCAGGCUGAGUACAAUGCAGAGCAGGAAUCCAAGGCAAAGCUGCAGGAGGACAUCGCUACCCUGCGUUCCUCCUAUGAAUUGAAGCUGUCUGAUCUGGAGGAGACAAGAGCCAGCAGGGGGAGCUCUAUCACAAGGAAUGCUGUCAGUGUCCAAAAAGGUCCAGAUGGAGAAGGGCUCAGAGACUCACCCGAUGUCACCACGGCAGGGUCUCUGGAUCAGAAACAUGUCCUGGAAAGGCUGCAGCAGCUGGAGCAGGAGGUGGUAGGAGGAGAACAGGCAAGGAACAAAGAGUUACAGCAGAGACACCGACAGAGGAAGAACGUUGCGGAUCAGAGAAAAGUCCAGCUCAUCACGGCCUUAUCGGAGAACAGCGAGGAUAGUGAAAAUGUGCUCUUAAAUGUCUACAACUCCAUCCAGGAAGAGGUCCAUGCCAAAAGUCAGAUGUUGGUCAAAGUCCAAGGCAAGCUGAAAGCAGCCAAACUGGAGAUCUGUGACCUGCAGGCAGAGUUUGAGGUGGAAAGGGACGACUACCUGGCAACCAUCCGCCGGCUGGAGAGGGAAGGCCAGUUACUCCACAGCCUGCUGGAGCGUAUGGUGCCCCUGGUGAGACGUGACUGCAACUACAGCAACCUGGACCGCCUGAAGAAAGAAGCUGUCUGGGACGAGGACAGUGCCACUUGGAGACUGCCAGACGUGAUGGUGCAGAAAACAACACUGCCUUCAGCAGUGGCUCCAAAACUUCCAGCUCACAGAGGCUCAGCCGCUGAUAUCGGAGAACCAUUUUCGCAAGCGGAAGAGGACAGGUAUAAGGAAAUGCUAGGACGUAGCGACAGCGAAAAUAUUGCCAGCACCUACUUCAAGUCAAAGAGGGCAAGCCAACUACUGGGAGGUGAAGCCACCAAGGGACACGUCAUCCACUCUCCUCCCCUCGUUAAUGGGGUGUCCCACCUAACUGUGAGCGGUUCCAACACGAACCCGCCUGUCAGCUCAGACUCCGUCCUGCCACGCCCCUUCCGUCUCGAGUCGUUGGGUGUCCCGAUGUCCAAUGGUAAGGUGAAGCGCAAAAAAAGCAAGUCUCAAAUCAAUAAUGAGGGUAACUGA